AUGGGUCGCGACGCCGAGGGGACCUCGCCGCCGGUGUCCUCGUCGGAAUUGGAGCAGGAAGAAGACGACGACGACUGCUACCUGAGCGAUCAGGAGGACGAUGCGCUAGAAGAGUCCGUCCUCCAGGUCCUCGAGGACGAGCACCUCGAGGACUGCCAUUGGUCCGCCUCAUCCGUGAUUACCAAGGAAUCCCUCUUGGCGGCGCAGAGAGAGGAUCUUAGGAAGGUGAUGGAGCUGCUAGGGUUGAGGGAGCACCAUGCCCGGACGCUCCUCAUCCACUACCGCUGGGACGUGGAGAGGAUUUUCGAGCUUCUCGAUCAGAAGGGCAGGGAUAGGCUCUUCUUGGAGGCCGGUAUUCCUCUUCAGUACACCAAUAAUGCCAGCACAACCUCCUCGGCGGAGGUGACCUGCAAUGUUUGUUAUGAUGAUGUGCCACCCUCGGCUGCCUCCGAGAUGGACUGCGGCCACAGUUACUGCAAUGAUUGUUGGACUGAAUAUUUCAUUGUGAAAAUAAAUGAGGGUCAGAGCCGGCGUGUCAGAUGCAUGGCUCCAAAGUGCAAUGCUAUUUGUGAUGAAGCAAUAAUUCGAAAACUAGUCAUUGCGAGACACCCAGAUAUCGCAGAACGCUUUGAAAGAUUUUUACUGGAAUCAUAUAUUGAGGAUAAUGAUACAGUCAAGUGGUGCCCAAGCACACCACAUUGUGGAAAUGCUAUACGCGUCAAAGGCGAUAUUUAUUGUGAGGUGGAAUGCACAUGUGGAUGCCAGUUUUGUUUUAAUUGCUCCUUACAAGCACACUCACCGUGUUCCUGCUUGAUGUGGGAGCUCUGGAUCAAGAAAUGCCGUGAUGAAUCAGAAACAGUGAAUUGGAUAACAGUAAAUACUAAGCCCUGUCCCAAGUGUCACAAACCUGUGGAGAAGAAUGGUGGCUGCAACCUGGUUGCAUGUAUAUGUGGACAAGCAUUCUGUUGGUUAUGUGGGGGUGCCACAGGUAGAGAUCACACAUGGUCAAGUAUUAGUGGCCACAGUUGUGGUCGGUUCACUGAUGAUCAGACUAAGAAGACAGAACAAGCAAGGCGAGACCUCUAUAGAUAUAUGCACUACCACAACAGAUACAAGGCUCACACCGACUCUCUUAAGCAGGAAGCAAAGCUAAAGAAUGAGACCCAGGGGAAGAUAUCCAUUUCAGAAAAUAAGGAGUCAAAGAUAAAAGAUUAUUCUUGGGUCAUAAAUGGGUUAAACAGGCUAUUCAGAUCAAGGCGUGUUCUUUCCUAUUCGUAUCCGUUUGCAUUCUACAUGUUUGGUGAUGAGAUUUUCAAGGAUGAGAUGACUCCUCAGGAAAGAGAAAUGAAGCAGAAUUUAUUUGAGGAUCAGCAACAACAAUUAGAAUUUAAUGUUGAAAGACUAUCUGGUUUCCUUGAGAAAGAUUUUCAACUUUUUACUGAUGACGAGGUCAUGGAUACAAUGAAGCAUGUCAUCAAUCUUUCCAAUGUGGUUGAUAAGCUCUGCAAACAAAUGUAUCAGUGCAUUGAGAAUGAUUUGUUAUAUCCUCUACGCACACCUCACAACAUUGCUCCAUACAAAUCAAAGGGCCUUGACAGGGCCUCGGAGCUAAAUAUUAGUUGGGAUUCUGCUGAACAAAGUUCACAGUCAACAAAAUGUAGUCAGGAUGAACACAGGAACCAACCAGCAUCGACUAUUCUGGGGAAGCGAACUGAGUUGCAUGGCUCGAGUUCUGAUAAUAGGGGGCACCAAUCUAACAAGCGAGAGAGGGUAGAUGCUAAUGGUGGUGGUGGUGGUGGUGGUGGUGCACUUUUUGAUCUCAAUGUGCCAGCUGAAGUGGUGGACAAGAUCUGA